AUGUCCGCCCUCACCCGCCAGACCCUACGCCUCACCAGGCCAACCACCAUCCGCAACUUCUCCGUCGCCGCAAGGAAACUGGCAGGAGGCGAUGCCGGUGCUCCGCGAUCCGGAGGCGCCGCCCAGGGUGACGCAUUCACCAAGCGCGAAAAGGCCAAUGAGGACUUCUACGUGAAGGAAGAGGAGAAGAAGAAGCUCGAGGCGCUGAGGAAGAAGAUUGCCGAUUCGGAGGCUCAGCUUGCGCAGGACCGUAAGGAUGUGGAUCAGAUCAUCGGCAAGAGCAAGUAAGAGAUGCGUGGAAGGUAGGUGCUGUGGUGAUGCCCGGUGCUGGUGCUGGAGCGAGGCUAAUAGCGUGCAGGAUAGAGUGA